ACAUUGUCCCUGGUUGACUGUGGUGAGUUGUUGUAGAGCUGUUGUUCAAUGGAGCCUGUUGUGCCCCUGCCACUGGACCCAUCUACCAUGGAUAGCCUGGCUGUGUCAGCAAAGGACCAGGCAAUUCUAAAUGGGCUUGCAUAUCUGACAGAUCCUCAAAAUGACAGCUCUGACCUUGUCAGCUUCAAACCAUUUGUACUUCUGCCAUCACCAGUUCCAAGAUUCCUGUUUGACCAAGCGAGGGCAGUACAGAAGGACUUCAACCUACUUGUCCACAGGGUGAGCCAUGACAGGGCGUUCCUGACCAGAUGUCUCAGCAGUGUUAUAAAGGUGGACAACUUUACAGCUGGUCUGUUCCACAUAUAUGAACAGGUGCAGAAGGAAGGUGUGGCUCAGCCCAUCUGCCUAGGAGUCCACAGAUCAGACUACCUGCUUGACACCACCAAUAAUGCUGUCAUGGAAACACACGGAGUAACUGCAAAUAGACAGUUCCAGCUCAAGCAGACAGAGAUCAACACUAUUGCUGCCGCUGGGGCUGGCUUUGCAGAAAAGAUGGCCAGUGUGCACAGCCCUUUCUUUAUCUUAUUGUUUACAUGUAGACAUGUGCUGAAUCUUCUGGGCGUGACUAAUGCCUACAAACAUAUCCCCGAGAACAGAGCUCUGGACUCCCAGGUGGAAGGCUUUGUGGCAGCAUGGGAGCGGUAUGGAUCACAGAGGGCCAUCAUAGUGUUCGUAGUAGAGGAGGAGAGAUGCAGGAACGUCUUUUCGCAGAGACUGAUGGAAUUUUCGGUGAUGGAAAAAUAUCCCAGCAUAACAGUGAGAAGGUACAGCUUGAGACAGAUUGCAGAGGAUGCUGAGCUCAAAUCGGACAAGACACUUUUCAUGCAUGGAUCCGAAGUUGCUGUUGUCUACUUUAGAGCUGGAUAUUCACCUGACCACUAUCCAACUGAAAAGGAAUGGAAUGCCCGCCUGAUGAUUGAGAGAUCCCGAGCGAUCAAGUGCCCAUGUAUAUCUUACCAUCUGGCUGGAACUAAGAAGGUUCAGCAGGAGUUAGCCCAGCCUGGUGUACUGGAGAGGUUUCUGGAAGACCCAAAGUCAGUGGGCAGAGUCAGGGCAACCUUUGCUGGACAGCACACACUGGAAAUGGGUUUGGAAGGCGAUCGGACCGUUCAGAUGGCCAUGAGAAGUCCUGAAGAUUACGUCAUGAAGCCACAAAGAGAAGGGGGCGGUAACAACAUCUACGGAGAGGACAUCAAGACCAUCCUGGAUGAACUAAAGAACUCUGAGGAGAGAACAGCAUACAUCAUCAUGGACCUGAUCUGCCCUGCUGUGGUACAAAACUACUUCAUGAGGCCAGGACACAGGCCUAAACUGCUGGGCUCUUCAUGCGAGCUGGGCGUUUUCGGAGUCUUCAUGGCUGAAGGGGACCAAGUGUUUCACAACAAGCAAGGGGGACACUACCUGAGGACAAACGAUACAACAACAGACGGAGGGAUUGAUGUUGGACAUGCUGUCGUGGACAGUCCCUAUCUUGUCUGAUGGACCAAAGGCCCUUUACGUAACAAAUUGCUAAU